AUGCAGCGCUCCUCGUUUGCACCCCCUCCGGCCCAGUCGCCUCCCCUUCACCACCCCAUCCCACAGCAUGUUUCUACAGUUCCGAUGAUGCGGUCGCCGCCGCCGCCAGUCUCUCAGCAGUCACAGCACCAGCACCAGCACCAGCACCAGCAGCAUGGAUACAACAAUCCCUACCAGCCAAACCCGGCCCAGGGAGGGCAGUUCGCCCCUGGGUUCGGUGGCUUCAUGUCGGAUCCAACUGCCCAGAUGGGCUUCCAGGUCGGCAAGAGCGCCGUCAUGGCCGGCCAGGAGUAUAUGGAGCAGAAUUUAAACCGUUAUGUGUCGAUUCCCGCACUAAAACACUACUUUAACGUCUCCAAUUCAUACGUUCUCAAGAAGCUUGCUCUCGUCCUGUUUCCCUGGAGGCAUAAGCCGUGGUUCCGCCAGCAGGGCCGCAUGGCUGGUGCGGCGUCGGCAAGCGGCCAGAUCAGCCAGGCUCAGUACACCUCCAUGUAUCUCCCCCCUCGCGACGACGUCAACUCGCCCGACAUGUACAUUCCCGCAAUGGCUCUCGUCACGUAUAUCCUGCUUUCGGCGGUUCUGGCUGGUCUGCGGGGGAAUUUCCACCCAGAGAUACUGCGCUCGAUAACGUUCAUUGCUCUGGCAGUGGUGAUAUUUGAAAUUGUCUGCCUCAAGGUGGCCAUGUAUAUUCUCAACAUCAACAACGACUCCCAGCUGCUCGACUUGGUGGCCUACUCGGGAUACAAGUUUGUCGGCAUCAUCGCCACCCUGGGCGUGUCCGAGAUACUGACGCCCGGACAAGGCACUGGAGGUUGGGUCGGCUGGACGGUCUUCAUCUAUACUUUCCUUGCCAACUCCUUCUUCUUGCUCCGCUCGCUAAAGUACGUCCUCCUACCGGACUCGUCCACGGACGCAGCCAUGCGAGGCGGCACCAUGCCGACCGUGGCCCGUUCCCAGCGCAACAGACGCACCCAGUUCCUCUUCAUCUACUCGUACAUGAUCCAGUUUGUGUUCAUGUGGAUUCUCAGCAGACAGGGGCCCGUCCCUUCUGCCGCCACCUCCCCAAAGCCUCCCACCCCGGGGACCCUGUCAUGA